AGUUAUAGUAUACAACAUAUACACAAAGCCAUUACUAGUCCAGUCACCGCAUGAAGAAGAACUAGAAAAAGUAGUAGCGUGACAAAUCGUAAUGGCUGAAAGAGGGAGGAGCAUAAAUGACGAGAGAGAAUAUCUGAAAAAGCUGAUGCGCAAAGCUGAGGAACAUUGCAAUGAAAGCACUACUGAUAUAGUGUCUACUCUCUAUCGAAACAAGCCAUCCUCCUAUUUUGAUGACAUUCGACAGAACCAUAAUAACAUCAUGGAACCUUAUCUGAAGAGCAAUGGCGGGGACCCACGCUGUCCAAUAAAUGGGAAAGUGAAAGGUCUUUUCUUUAAUGUAACACUUGUGGAUGGUACUCUCCCAGAUAAGUCGCCUUUUGGAGACACGAGAGUAGAAGUACCACUGAGCGAGGUUUUUGAUGAUUCAGCAAACCUUUACUUUGCUGACUUCUAUUGCAAGCCUCAUCGCAGACGUGGGGAUGUACAUGUAACCAAGCGUGUUCACUACGUGACCUUGGUUCUGACAGAUUCAGGAUCUGAUGCAGACAGUUUCUGUAAGACACACUUGCUCAAGCUUGAUUUAUGCACCAACAUAUAUUUGACCAAAAACAAAUUAACAUACAGGUCACUGGACUGUUAUGGUGUACACGUGGAGGUUAUGUAUACAAAUGCCAUUGACAUGACAGGCAGAGAUCUUAUUUCUACUGGUACCUCGGGUCAAGGUCAGAGCACACCGGGUGGAAUAGCGAAAUUUGUUGGCUGCAGCACAUGCAAUGUAGGGGAAUAGAGGUAUUUGGAUGAGAUCCUUCGGAAGUUACUGGCUGGGCUGAACUACUCGGAAACCUGCUGCAAAAGUACUGCUUCAGACAAUAACAUAAAGGCAAGGAAUAUAUUCCAACAAACAGCGAGUUAAAUAAUCAUCAAAUAGUUAAUUCCCUUCCACUGAUUUACCCGCCUGAACUAGAAAUAAAGGAGACCAAUGCGACCGCCUCACCUCUUUCAUAUGUAUAAGUAUGCACACAGAUUCUGAGUGACAAAACACUCGCCACAAGAGUGUAUGACAAGAGGGAUGAGUUCAACUUUCCAUUAGUCAAUUCUCCCUUCCCUUCAUGUCGAGCAGCUCCAUCACUGAUGUCUACAUUUCACAACUUUUUAGGUAAAAUCGAGCACGCCUUUCCAACAAGAUGUCAAAGAGCGUCAUUCGAAUCUUUCUCGACGUUGUUCGAUCAAGGUUACAACAUUCAAGGCCUCAAUAAAACUUUCACAACGACAUGUGGAUGACAUAUCGAUAUUUGACACAUCAUUUACAAAAAUGAUGUCCGAUGCAAUGUCACUAUUUUGACUUGUACCAUACAUGUAUGUUCCCGUGUUUGUUUUAGGUGAACAGUUAACUUGGCAUUGCUUGUGUCUGUGACGAGUGCCACCGGUGAUCACCGAUACGCGGAUCUAUUCGCAAACACCUGGUAUCAUCACUAUUUCAUAGUGAUUCAUAAACACAUGCUCAUGAUAUAGUCGGAAUCAUACAAUCGACUCUUCUAAAUAUUUUUUUAUGAAUGUCGAAAGGGUUAUAUCGCUUCUUUUCACAAUUGUUAAUGGCAUCUAAUUUUUACUCAUGAAUUGAAUAGCUAACAUUUUAAGCUUUGUUUCGAUAAUAAAUUGCAUUCUCUGAGAAAUUAUGUUCAAAUAUAUUGCUAAAAUAAAUGUAUGCCUUUGUACCGUGUACAUGUCAACAGGGACAAAACACCGGUUAACAACUUUUAUUGUUAUGACCAACUUUUGAAAACUGUUCUCACAAUUCGUUUAUGCAUAUCUUUGAAAUCGACAUAUGUACACUGCCUUGUGUCACGCUUAUGCACUUCUCUUAUUUAUAUAUAUUUUGCUCUGUGGCUGGAAAGCUAUUUGAAUCAUGUUUCCUUAGUAAUAAUGUACAAUCAUCAAAACAGUGUGCAAACGUAUAAUCGAGUUAAAUUAGGAGAUAAAUUAGUGGUCGAAAUGUAAGGUUCAUUUGUUCAUUGGUUUCUGGGGAGAUGAUGUUUGCUAUGGAAUUUUGUAAUUGACAUUCUCUGGAAACGUGCUUUUAAACAUGCCAAAAACACGAGAAUACGAGAUCGCAAGAUUUUACACCAUGUCUAAAUGUCGCAUUCUUGCGUUGUGGGCUUUUGAUUAAAAGUGCUAUGUACAAAAAACACGAGAAGGUGAGGUGAGGUGAAAUGGGGUUUAACGUCGCGUCCAAGAUUAUUGCACUUAUAUA